AUUGCGCUUGCGCGCGUCCAAGGCUACCAGGAAGCAAACCCGAAGCAGUUUGACUGUCUACAAUGUGUAGACAGAAAGCUGUAGAAAAUUGAGCCAGGAGCCCUGCGUGUGUGUGAGCCCACAUCAUGGCGUGCUGCCGGCUGUGCUCCAGACUGUGUUCCAGGCUGUGCUCCCGCUCCUCCGCGUACACUCUGGCCCUGGGCUUGGGCUUCGUCACCCUGGGCACCUCUCGCAUCCUGCUGCUCAAGUUCUCUGCCAACACACAGAACAAGUAUGAUUUCCUCCCUGCGUCUGUCAACCUGCUGGCAGAGGGGCUCAAGCUGCUCUUCUGUCUUGGCAUGUCUCUGAGAGUCAUGGUCAGAGACGGCCGUUCAUGUCGAGAGCUGGGCUGCUCCUCGGGCUCUGCCUUCCUGAGUUUCAUGAAGUGGUCCGUCCCCGCCUUCCUUUACUUUCUGGAUAACCUCAUCAUCUUCUACGUCAUGACCUACCUACAGCCUGCCAUGGCAGUGUUGUUCUCCAAUGUUGUUAUCCUGACCACAGCUAUCCUGUUCAGAGUUGUGCUGAAGAGACGCCUGUCCUGGGUGCAGUGGGCCUCCCUGGUCAUCCUCUUCCUGUCCAUUGUCUCCUUGACGACAGGAUCGGGAGGCAGCCAACGGGCCAUAGCGAUGCCGGGCCUCCACCCCAGCCCCCUCUCCCUACCCACCAACAGCUGCCUGCUCUACACACAGCUAGAGGAGCAACGAAGGAACAACAGUAACUCCAGCACAUGGAGCUCAGUGCUGCCGGGACAGGCUGAGGUGUGGCGGGGGAGGCUGAUGGGGACCCUGCGCUCUCUGGGCAUGGGUCACAUCCUCCUGGUGCUCCAGUGUUUUAUCUCCUCCAUGGCCAACAUCUACAACGAGAAGAUCCUCAGAGGAGACCAGCUCCAAGAGAGUAUCUUCAUCCAGAACAGCAAACUGUACAUGUUUGGCAUGCUGUUCAACGGUCUGACUCUGGGUCUAGGGGGCGAGGCGAGGGGUUUAACCGUCCGUUGUGGCCUCCUUUAUGGUCACAACGUCUACUCACUGGGACUGGUGCUGGUCACUGCUGCCCUGGGCCUGUCGGUGGCGUUCAUCCUGAAGUUCAGAGACAACAUGUUCCACGUGCUGACAGGCCAGAUCACUACAGUCCUGGUCACGGCCCUGUCCCUCUUCCUCUUUGACUUCCACCCCUCGCUGGAUUUCUUCCUGCAGGCGCCCGUGGUGCUGCUCGCCAUCUUUGUCUACAACGCCAGCCGGCCCAAAGACCCUGAGUACGCCCUGCAGCGCGAGAAGCUGCGCGUCAUUAACGGAGAGGUGCUGCAGAGGUCGCGAGGGGAUGGGGAGGAGCUGGAGAGGCUGACCAAGCCAAACACAGACAGUGAAUCAGAGGAGGAGUCUGUCUAGCCUCCCAUUAUGACUUCACAAUGGCUCAACCCUGUGAUGUCAUCAGUAUGCCUGACUCUGUGACAUCACAAUGGACAAACUGUCAGUCCUGAAUUAUGACUUUGCUAUAACCUGGCCUGUGACAUCAUCAGUCUGUGACAUCAGAAUGGACAUGCUAUGUAUUAUGACAUCAGAGCGGCUUGGCCUGUGGUUUUGUUGGCCUACUGUGAUUGUCAUAAUUUAUUGUACAUCAUAGAUGUGAUAAAGAGGUCAAUGGAACUCGACACAAACAUGGAAAUGCCAUGGAAAUGCAUGGGGGAAAAGAUCCUGAGUCUCUUCAUUUCCCCCCAGCAAAAUGAUCCUACAUUUAAGCUAUUGUUUAUGUGUGUAUUCCACACUACGGUAUGUUGAGUAUAAUGCGUGUAUGGAUGUCAACCCCAAUACAUGUUCAUGUCAAACACCAAUCAACUGCAUUGCAGUUAAAAACGACUUUGACUACCAUGACCGAUUUCUAUAUGCUAGCUAUGCUACCAGCUUAUACGAAAAGGAGUUAGCAUUUAGCAGUCACUUCUUCUAAGCCUGAAAAUAAACAACUUUUAAAUGUUAUUCUGCGAAAACUGGCAAAUAUAUCAAAAUCCAAUUUUAGUAGCCACAUUGUGGGCCUUGUUCACAAAUAUUCACUUUGUUAGAUCAGACUUGAAUGUGCGCCAAUCCGGCAUCCUUCUUUCCCCCAAGGUCUGCGUUCCAAUGACCUCUUUACCGCAUCUAUUCAGAAAUGUGCUUGUUUGUGUAUGAAAUAUGAUAUACAAAUAAUAUUGUAAUGGAAGAAAUGCUAAAUAUACAAUUUUGUAUAUGUUGUAUUUAAAAUAAUGCUAUUGCUGUUAUUGACACAGUGGCAAGGGUUACAGCUGUCAGAUGUUGAUAUCUGCCAGUAUGAUCUUAUUAUGUCUUUGUUUUUAUUAUACAUUUGUUUGCAUUAUGUUGGUGGCUAUUAAGAAAUCUACUCAAGGCUGUUGGAUGUUUGGGAGCUAAAUGAGUUUUUCUAAUGGCCAACUACUCAGUUUGUCUUAACGUUAUUAAGUACUCACAAAGACCAUACAGUACUAGCACACUGUGCCAUAUAAUUUACACUUCUAUCAUGUAUUCAAAAAAGCUUUAUGUUAUGCAUAACAUAAAAUUAUUGUUAUGCUGUAUGCAUUUAAGGCAAUUUACACCUGGUUCUUUUAUUACUAUUCAUGACAGUGCAUAAUUACAAUUUCUCAAACAGUCAACAGGUUAUCAAAUGAAUAUUAAAAACUACUGCCAAAAAUA